AUGCCGCCGAGACGCCAUAACCGUCAACCGACACCUCCGCCUUCGAGCGAGGAAAGUGUGACGCAGUCAGUUCAGACACCGCCGCCUCCCCCACCCCCGGUUGAUCGGGAAAUAGUGAAGCUGUUCUUGGAACAGAAACCACCUGUUUUUGAUGGACUUGGAGAACCGGCCAAGGCCGAAUCUUGGAUCCGCGCGAUAGAGCGUAUCUUCGCGAUCUUGGGAUGCAAUGAUAGGGAACGGAUGAGUUGCGUUACUCACCAACUAAUCGAAGCAGCCGACUUUUGGUGGGAUACUAGAACGAAGACCUUGACGCGAGACCAAGUAGAAGCGAUGACGUGGGAAGAUUUCAAGACUGAAUUGUACAACAAGUAUGUGCCGAAGAGCUAUCGGAAAGCGAAGGCAUCCGAGUUCCAUAAUCUGACUCAAGGACGCAUGACCGUGACCGAGUAUGAUCGAGCGCUCAACAGCAUGACCCGAUACGCCCCCGAUCAAGUCGACACUAACGAGAAGCUGUCCGACAAGUUCCGUGAGGGACUAAGGUCCGAGAUAAAGAUGUCGUUGGCCAGUCGAGGGAGACUCACUUACGCUAAAGCUUUGGCACUCGCGUUGGAUAUUGAAGCCGCAAUGCCUAAAGAAAGAGCCAAGGAGAACUCUACACCGUCCCUGCCCCCAUCACAUCACUCCCGAGAGAAGAGAAAGUGGGAGGAUUCUAGGAAUUUCUACGAUGGGAAACGACACCAGUCGAAUCAGCAUCGAUCCCAGCACGGAGGAAGGCAACAUACGUCUAGCCAGAGAGGAGAGUAUCGACCCAGGGCACCGCAGUGCAAUGUGUGCUCUAAGUACCAUUUCGGAGAAUGCCGAUAUCAGAACGUCGUCAAGUGCUACACCUGCGGAGGAAACGGCCACUACUCUAGGGAGUGUGCGAAUAACAAGGUAGGAUCGGGAUCAAGGCAGAACGAUCAAGGAUCCCGUCAGCCAUCGAGGGCACCGCAAGCUGAAUCGAGAGGAAAUCGCGACCAAUCGUCGCGGCAGCAACAACCUCACCGCCCAAGACUUCCUCCACAAGCUAGAGCGUUCGCGUUGGAGCAAAAGAAGCCGAAGAAAGAACAAGAUGAACGCGAGAAAGGAAACUUGACAGGUAUGGGCGAAAUUCUCAACACCCCUGUUGUUGUGUUGUUUGAUACGGGCGCGUCGCACUCGUUUAUAUCUGAGUUAUGUGUGCACACUUUGGGCUUGUCUACUAGCGAAUCUGAACAUAGAAUGAUGGUGUCCUCACCAGUAGGAGGAACGAUAGAAAUAUCUCGAACGUGCUCGAACAUAGAAAUCGUGCUAGGAGAACUUAAGAUAGUCGCUCACGAUUUACAAGUUAUGGCGAUGAAAGAUACCGACGUGAUCCUAGGAAUGGAUUGGUUGGCCGCGAAUUACGCAACGAUUCGAUGUAAGGAGAGGCAAAUAUCCCUACAAGCUCCGGGAAAGGAACCUAUCGUGUAUCAUGGAAUCUCGAGGAACCGACGAACCGCGAUAAUCUCUGCACUGCAAGCUACCGCGAUGAUGAGAAAGGGGCGACCUGCCUAUCUCGUCUAUCUUCACGGCGAUGAGAAUGAUGAAAGAAGAGUGGAAGACGUCGCUGUUGUGCGGGAAUUUCCAGAUGUUUUUCCCGAAGUGUUACCUGGACCACCGCCAGAUCGACAAUUGGAGUUUACGAUCGAUCUCGAGCCGGGAGCAGCACCCGUAUCCAAAGCACCAUAUCGAAUGGCGCCUAAGGAGUUGGAAGAACUCAAGAUACAACUCCAAGAGCUCAUGGACCUAGGUUUCGUUAGACCUAGUGUUUCGCCAUGGGGCGCACCAGUACUUUUCGUAAAGAAGAAGGAUGGAUCGAUGAGGAUGUGCAUCGACUAUAGGGAGCUAAACAAGUUGACUCUUAAGAACAAGUAUCCACUGCCGAGGAUAGAUGACUUGUUCGAUCAGCUUCGAGGAGCCGGAGUGUUUUCAAAGAUGGACUUGAGGUCCGGAUAUCACCAGCUACGAGUUCGAAGGGAGGAUAUACCGAAGACUGCAUUUCGCACAAGAUAUGGCCACUACGAGUUUGUGGUGAUGCCAUUUGGAUUAACGAAUGCCCCAGCGGUAUUUAUGGAUUUGAUGAAUCGGGUUUUCCACCCGUACUUGGAUAAAUUCAUCUUAGUAUUUAUCGAUGACGUUUUAGUCUACUCGAGGAACGAGAAGGAGCACGAGGAGCAUCUACGGAUCGCUUUAGAGACUUUGAGAAACGAGAAGUUAUACGCCAAAUUCAGCAAGUUUUGGCUGAAAGAAGUAAACAUUGUAUCGGCAGAAGGAAUCAGAGUGGACCCCGCCAAAGUUGAAGCGGUGCAACAAUGGAAGUCACCAUCAACCCCAAACGAGAUUCGGAGUUUCCUAGGCUUGGCAGGAUACUACCGAAGGUUUAUAGAAGGGUUCUCCAAGAUAGCGAGACCAAUGACGCAACAACUUAAGAAGGGAGUCAAGGUGAAUUGGACCCCAGAGUGUGAAGCAAGCUUUCAACUCUUGAAGGAGAAGUUGACUACCGCGCCAGUUCUAGCUGUGCCAGAGACUGGAGUGAAUUACGUAGUCUACACCGAUGCUUCGAAGGUUGGACUAGGAUGCGUGUUGAUGCAAAACAAUAAGGUGAUCGCCUACGCGUCACGACAGUUGAGACCACACGAGUUGAAUUACCCAACACACGAUUUGGAGUUAGCAGCAGUGAAGGACUUGAACAUGAGACAACGAAGGUGGCUCGAACUAGUGAAGGACUACGAUUGUGGUAUCAAUUACCACCCCGGCAAAGCAAAUGUGGUGGCAGAUGCUUUGAGCCGAAAGGACCAUUCGCAACUAGCUUUCCUUGUAGAGCCGAACCCUAAUUCACUGCCGCCGCCGCCUCCUCCUCCUCCGACAAAAGGCCUUCCAACCGCCGCCGCCGCCGCCUCCGACAAAAGGCCUUCCGACCGCUGCCGCCGCCUCCUCCUCCUCCUCCGACAAAUGGCCUUCCAACCGCCGCCGCCGCCUCCUCCUCCUCCUCCGACAAAAGGCCUUCCAGCCGCCGCCUCCUCCUCCUCCUCCACCUCCUCCCCACUCUCGGGAACCCUAGCCCCUAAUCGUCGGCCGCCUCCGCCGACCUCACUGUCUCCUACCCAAACCCACUCCACCUGUGGGUGUGGGGGACCUCCAGAAUGUGAGUAG